GACUCUCACAGACGUGGCGUUCCACUAUUGACAGUGACGUCCGAAUGACGUAUACUAAUGGCGUUAACAAAAUUGUAGAAACACGCCACUCCCCAGGAUACAGCAGGGAACCAGCUAUUCGGGCUCUUGGUCAUUCAUUUGUCAGUAUUAUUUUCUGUAUCUCCAUCGAAGUUUUGGGUUUAAAGAAAAACAAACAUUAAAACUACAGUCCACCAGGGCUCGUUUCUUAAUUCGUCUUGUUAAGCUCCUUUGAGGUUCCAUGGCGACGUACCAGGAGUUUAUCCAGCAGAACGAGGACAGGGAUGGCGUGCGGUUCAGCUGGAACGUGUGGCCCUCGAGUCGACUGGAGGCCACCAGGAUGGUGGUGCCCCUCUCCUGCCUUUUCACACCCAUGAAGGAGCGUCCAGACCUCCCUCCAGUCCAGUACGAGCCUGUGCUUUGCAGCAGACCCACCUGCAAGGCAGUCCUCAACCCACUCUGCCAAGUUGACUACAGAGCCAAAUUAUGGGCAUGUAACUUUUGUUUCCAGAGAAAUCAGUUUCCCCCUGCAUAUGCCGGGAUAUCAGAAGGCAACCAGCCAGCAGAAUUAAUGCCACAGUUUUCUACCAUUGAAUACAUUGUACAGCGUGGCCCCCAGACACCUCUGAUCUUCCUUUAUGUUGUGGACAUAUGCUUGGAAGAGGAGGACCUUCAGGCUUUGAAGGAGUCCUUACAGAUGUCUCUGAGUCUCUUGCCUCCCAAUGCCCUGGUUGGCCUGAUUACUUUUGGCAGAAUGGUGCAGGUCCACGAGCUGAGCUGCGAGGGUAUCUCCAAGAGCUAUGUGUUCAGAGGAACCAAGGACCUGUCAGCAAAACAGAUACAGGAAAUGUUGGGUCUCACUAAACCAGCAGCACCAGUUCAGCAAGGAAGACCUGCACAGCCUCAGGAUCGAUCCAUCUCCAGCAGGUUUUUGCAGCCUGUGCAUAAGAUCGACAUGAAUUUGACAGACCUCCUUGGUGAGCUUCAGAGGGACCCAUGGCCUGUGCCGCAGGGAAAACGGCCCCUGCGAUCUACUGGCAUUGCCUUGUCUAUUGCUGUGGGCCUGCUUGAGGGUACUCUCCCGAACACAGGAGCUCGUAUAAUGCUCUUCACUGGUGGCCCUCCCACCCAAGGCCCUGGCAUGGUGGUUGGAGACGAGCUGAAGACCCCGAUCCGCUCCUGGCACGACAUUGAGAAGGAUAAUGCCAAACAUCUGAAAAAGGCCACAAAGUACUAUGAAGCUUUGGCCAGCCGUUCAGCAGUGAAUGGCCACUGUAUCGAUAUAUAUGCCUGUGCUUUGGAUCAGACUGGGCUAUUGGAGAUGAAGUGCUGCUCCAAUCUUACAGGGGGUCACAUUGUGAUGGGUGAUUCCUUCAAUACAUCCCUCUUCAAGCAGACAUUCCAGAGGGUUUUCACUAAAGAUUACAAUGGUGAAUUCCGAAUGGCUUUUGGAGGAGAAUUAGAGGUUAAGACUUCAAGGGAACUGAAGAUUUCUGGAGCAAUUGGUCCAUGUGUCUCUCUAAAUGCAAAGGGGCCAUGUGUGUCUGAAACCGAACUGGGUUUGGGAGGCACGAGUCAGUGGAAGAUCUGCGGCAUCAAUCAGUUCACGACACUGGGAAUGUAUUUUGAAGUUGUAAAUCAGCACAAUGCACCAGUCCCUCAAGGUGGCAGAGGAGCCAUUCAGUUCAUCACACAGUACCAGCAUUCCAGCACACAGAAGAGAAUCCGAGUUACGACAGUAGCUAGAAACUGGGCAGAUGCACAGUCCCAGAUUCAGCAUAUCGAAGCUGCGUUUGAUCAGGAGGCGGCAGCAGUGCUGAUGGCACGCCUGGGAGUUUUCAGAGCAGAGUCUGAAGAGGGUCCUGAUGUUCUUAGAUGGCUCGACAGGCAGUUAAUCAGACUGUGUCAGAAGUUCGGACAGUUCCAUAAAGACGACCCCAACUCCUUCAGGCUGUCGGAGUCCUUUUCCCUCUAUCCACAGUUUAUGUUCCACUUGCGGAGGUCACCCUUCCUUCAGGUGUUCAACAACAGCCCUGAUGAGUCUUCAUAUUACCGGCAUCACUUUGUGCGACAGGACCUGACUCAAUCACUGAUCAUGAUCCAGCCUAUCCUUUAUUCCUACUCCUUCUACGGGCCACCUGAGCCUGUGCUCCUCGACAGCAGCAGCAUCCUACCAGACAGAAUCCUUCUUAUGGACACCUUCUUCCAGCUUGUCAUCUACCAUGGAGAGACUAUUGCACAGUGGCGUAAAGCAGGCUACCAGGAGAUGGCAGAGUAUGAAAACUUCAAGCAGCUUCUUCAGGCCCCGCUGGAUGACGCUCAGGAAAUCCUUCAGACACGCUUCCCCAUGCCUCGAUACGUUGAUACAGAACACGGUGGCAGCCAGGCUCGAUUCCUUCUUUCCAAAGUGAACCCGUCACAGACUCAUAACAAUCUCUACGCAUGGGGACAGGAAACGGGAGCCCCGAUCCUAACAGACGAUGUCAGCUUGCAAGUGUUCAUGGAUCAUUUGAAGAAACUGGCAGUAUCCAGUGCAUCAUGAUUCUUAUGAAAAAUAUUGAAGAAUUUUACAAACAACUGUCAGCAUUUCAAACCCUAAAUAUUGAAUUGAAUUAUUGUAGCCCACAACCAUUGUGAAAGUAUUUAUUGUUCAAUGAUACAAUAGUUUGGCUCACCACUGCUGAUCGGGGGGAAAACAUCAUUUUCCAGUUUUGAAACCAGCUUAUUUUAAAUAAUCCGACCACCUAUUUACAUUCCUAAUGCCUUUUUACAUUACUUACAUGCAGCUUUUUUUUCUAAAAAGAUUUGAUCAUAAAUGUAUUAAGCAGCUGUUCUUGUUCUAUUUAAAAUGAUAGUGAUAUCACUUUUUAAAACACCUUCAAAUGUCACAAAGGACAGUUUACGAGCAGGUGUGCUGAACUUUAGCACACUUGGUAACCUUUUUAGUUUUUUAAACUACUGACUAAAGAAGGUAAAUGCCAAGCAAUAUGUAAUAACUUUAAUACAAUGACGUAUUUCGUGUUGUCUUCCAAUGCGCUUGCAAAAUGUAUUAAUUUGUUGUUGCCUGAAGGACUAGCUGUGCACAGUAUGAGAUGUACAUGCAUUAUAAAAUGCAUAGGAAAUCUGGAAUGCAACGGUCUAAUUUAUUAAUGUGUCCAAACACCAUUUUAUAUAGGUAGAAAACGUAUUCUUGAAGUAUUGUUUCAUUCCAAAUGUAAUGUUUAUCCAUCUCACCUGUUUAUACUGAAAAGCUAUUUUCUAUAUUUAACAUAAAACAUCUUCAUGUUUGCUUUACUUUAACAGGAAAUAAAUGAUUACAGAGAUGCAAUACAUACGUGCAUUACAUGUGAAGUAUUGUUUAAAUGUGGUUAUGAUGAAAAUAACAAGUGAAAUGUAACUAGCUGGUACAGUAGUCUUAAUGUAAAGGAAAUGUGUUCUAAAGCAAUUGUGCUGAAAUAUAUAAUUAUGCUAA